ACUACAACCUCUAAUUAUGGUCAUUCAACAUCAUGCUCACCGGUGGUUAAAUGCUCCGCGAGUGGACAGUUUGUAAGUGCGAGCUUUACAAGAUCGAUUGCGGAAAGUGAAACCAGCCAUUUGUUGUCAUUCUGUCGAAUCCGGAAUAUGACUCUACCACCACCCUGGAUUGUCGGUACGAUGGAGUCCACGAGGCACCCGCCAACCUAUGAUAGUGACAGUUUAGGUUCCACACGGAGGUCAUCAGUUAAGGGAAGUAGUAGAAGCGUUAGUAGUAGUAGUAGUCAUGCAAGCCAUAGAGCACCACGAUGGAUCACGGUCGUGGCGCUCCUGUUGACAGUAUUAUCCAGUGUGGAAGCCAUUUGUGAAUCGGAUCGAUGGUGGAAUCCGGAGCAGGCGGCGUGCGUUCCUUGUCGGAUCUGCGGCGAACAGCAGCUGGUGCUGCGACCAUGCCAGGAGUACAUGGAUACGGUCUGUGGGACAAUGCAGGAUCUCGAUAUGGAUCUUGGCCGGUUGGGUCGCACCGAGGGGCGUCACGAUCAGCGACACUGGAAGGAGGAACGCCGGAAAGAUGGCCACCAUCAGCAGCAGCACGAUCAUCUCCGGCAGCAGCAGCAGCAGCAACAGCAGCAGCAUGCAGGAGCAGCCGGCAGGCGGAAGGAAAACACCGCCGAGAUAAUGUGGGACUGGCAGGCGGCCUCGCUGCUGCUGGCCAUUAUCGGAUGUCUGUUGUUUUUCUUCGCGGCCGCCAUUAUCGCGCUGAACCAGACGCGCCAGUGGAAGCGAAUCGAGAAGCACUUCGAUGCGGAUAUGGAAGCUCUGUCCGCCCAGCUCAUGAAUCACCUGUCGAGCAUGCAGCAGCUCGAGAACGGUUCGAUCUUCCUGGACGACGUGAUCGACGGCGGGGAUCAUCGGUUUCGUACCCUCGGAGGCGGAGGUCACCAACACGGUGGUCACCAGUUCCAUCAGCUUUCCCGUCUGCACCCCGGCGGCCACGGCCACCGUCACCAGCACCCGAUCGAGGUGCGCUGUGUCUAUUUGGAUCAGCUGCUCGAUGGCAAGAGCUGUAUCAAACCGCAGGGAACGGGUAAUCUGUACAUCGAGGAAAACAACGAUCGCGGACCACCCAGCGGUGCUGGCGGUGGCGGCAGCCUGGGCGUGGGCGGAAGCACGAUCGGCGCGACGCCGUCGUUGGGUCGAGCGUUGCAUUGAGGAGGCCGAUGGCGCCACCCGACAACGAGACCGGUAACUAUUUUGACAGAGAUUGUCCCAAAAAAAAACGGAAGCUUUCCUCAGGCGCGCGCCUUAUUUUGAAUAUUUGGAAAAUGAACAGCUAAGUAACAUCGAGUGUACAAAACAGAAGGAUAGGGUCUUCUCCAUAGAGUAGAAAUAUUUGUUUGACAAAUGGAUAAUUUAAUAUAUAUAUAAACCAUUGUUUUGUGUAGUUUUUAGCGAAGUGAAGAGAAAGUAUUGUGGCAACUACCUGUCGAAGCUCGAGAGCAAGUAUUGUUGUACAGUUUGAUAAAUUAUUGUAGCCUUAGAGACGGAACAGAAAAUAGUGCCUUGUUUAAAAGGAACAUUAUUAAUAUCAGCGUUGAGCAGUACUAACUUUUAUCUUUUAUACCGUUGAUCACAACGAACAGAAACUUAUCUAAACUGAGCCGCUUUGAGUGUAGAUAUAGAAAAAGCAAUGUUCGCGCAGGAUUAGUAGAGCAUUAUGAUGAUCAGAUUGAAAUCAAAAGCAAACAAACCAAACGGUAGUUGAGCCUUCUGGCGGUAGAAGAUUCAUAUUUACAGUAAUUACACCGUUGACUCAGCGGAUAGAAAUGGCAAAGGCAACGGCAGCAGCAGAAUAUUCCAGUGUGUGUAGUAAGUAGGCGCCGAGUAGCGGUUUAUUGAAAUAGGGAACACGAGGGAGAGAGGGUGGAUACUUUCAUUGGUUGGAUUUCACGGCAAACUUGAUUUGGGCACGUAUCGGAAUGCACGCAUUGAGGAAUUAUGUGUAAUAUAAUAUAUUUCCUUCAAGUCGAAUCGCUUGGU